AAUUCUUGGUUCUUAUAAUGGAUGAUGAAGAUAUAGCAAUUAUUUCGGCUGUGGUUCAACAGCAAAAUAUUUUCUUGCACCAACUAAUAAUGUUGCUGUCAAUGAAUAAUGAUGAUGACGAUGAUGACUUUAACAUUGACGAGGAUGAGAUGACCCAGAUGACUGCCAUAAAAACACAAAAGCCAGGAAGAUUAUGGUCGUUUAAGCGGUUCGGGACAUUUUGGGAGAAAGAUGUACCAGAAAACAACGAGGCGUUUUUCAAAGAGAGUUUCCGAAUGGAGAGGCCCUGCUUUGAUAUUUUAGUGAAUCGGCUUGAAGUGCUGCGAAAGAAGGACACCAACUGCCGAGCUGCAAUUCUUUUGGAAAAGCGCAUCGCCAUUGCGCUAUACACUUUGGGCUCGUCCUCUGAGUACCGAACAGUUGGCAGGCUUUUCGGUGUAGCUCCAAACAGUGUGUGUAAUAUCCUGCACGAGUUUUGCAGAGCACUUAUAGAUACAGAUUUACAUAUGUAAAUAUCGGCUCUGCAGGAAGGUGAAAUGACUCGAUGAUAUACCAGAAGUCAAGCCUUGCAAAACAUAUCGAAGCAUCGGCAUUACUCCAAGAGAAAGCCAAGGAAAUAAGCGGAGUAAACGUCCCUGUAAUGCUUAUCGGGGACUCGGCAUUUAGGUUUUCUAAAAAGCUGAUGAAACCUUCCCCGUUUUCCACAGUCGCCUCUUUGGAAUAGCGCACGUUUAACUACAACCUUUCCAAAGCUAGGCGAGUGGUGGAAAAUGCAUUUGGGCAUUUAAAAGCCAGAUUUCGAAUAUUCGGAAAAGGUCUUGAUAGCCACCAAAAAAAUAAUAGCGCCAUAAUAAUGAGCUGUUGUAUUUUACACAAUAUAUUAAAUAUGCACAACAGCGCGAUUAAUGAAAAUUGGGAGCUUGCAACAAAUGAGCAGCGCGAACAGCCCGAUACCAGCAACAGUUCUGCUGACUUUAAUCAGUCAGCAGAACAGAUACGAUCUGCAAUCGCAAAAUAUUGUGUAGACCGUAAUGAAAAUUAAAAA